UUUCUUCUGUUAAUGUCAGGUUCAUGUUUUAGUAUUGUGACAUUCUGUUCAGAAAAACUUGUUGUUUUUGUUCACAUAUUCAUGGACUUGGGAAAGGUGUUUUUGGUGUUCUUUUUAACCUGAUCUUCAAGUUAAAUCCCGUUUCGCAUGUCUAAAAGCCUGGAGAACUGCUACACUUAAUUUUGUAAAAGUUUGCUGGUAGGGUGGGUUCGUUAUAUAAUUUUCUUAACAUGUGUUAAAUUUUCAGUGUAUUUCUUCUUCGCAAGUUGUUUGAUACCGAUCAUUUGUUUUUCGUUAGUUUAGAUUGAUUUUCAACCUUUAAGCCAGAAAUAGUGGGUUCAUCAAAUUAAAUACACAUAUACACACAAAAGGAAACAUAUAAUGAAUUCAGAAGAUGUUGCUGUCAGAAAUUUCAGAGAUUUUCUGAUGAUCUACAAUAAGAUGUCUGAAACAUGCUUCAACCACUGUGUGAGAAACUUAAAUCAAAGGGACCUAACAACAGAUGAGGUUCACUGUGUGGAGAAGUGUGCAGCAAAAAAUAUCAACAUUAACCACAAGGUGAUGGCUAUAUACAUGGAGGUCCAGCCAGAAAUUAUCAACAAACGAGUUGAGGCAGCUACAAAGGCUAGUCAGUUUAGUGAAAAUUCAAGUAAUACAGUGGAUAUAUCUCAGGGAACUGCUUAACCCAUAUUUCUUUUAAUGUACAAAAUUAAAUAAAUAAACUUUUUUUUAUAUAGAAUACA